AUGGAGCGGUCUGCCUCCCCCAUUGAGGAUGUCCCAAGAGAAGAAAACAAAAAAUUUCCUAUCCUUGCUCAUCGCAGGUUCUUGUUGGUCUCUUUCUUUGUUGGAUGUGCCAUGCUCGAGUAUGGGUUCGACAAUGGUGAAAUCAAUGCCUUCCAGGCUAUGACUGGCUUCCUGCGUGUCUUUGGCUACGAGGACCCGGCAGUGCCCAGUGGUUGGAACAUCAAGUCUGGCCCCCAACAAAUUAUAUCCUCAUUUAUGCUCCUGGGCUCCUUCAUCUCAUCGUUGUUGGCUGGUGUGUUCAGCCGUUACCUCGGCCGCCGCCACUGUGUGAUGAUUGGAAUGGUCAUCCUGCUUGUAGCAAUUACCGUGCAGGUUGUCACAACUCAAUUGGGAGCCCUUUACUUUGGCCGCUUAGUUACUGGUCUUGCCAAUGGACUUGUCAUGAACUUCACAUUCAUCUACAUUGCUGAAAUGUCCCCAGCACAUCUACGCGGCGUGGCUUACGCUAUAGCAGCUGGAUGGGUAACUCUCGGCGGUGCCAUUGGAGCGAUCAUUACCAACGCUACAGCGAAAAUGAUGAGCCGACUGUCAUACCAAAUCCCGCUUUACACUCUGUACCUCCUUCCGGUAGUCAUGAUCAGUGGUCUAUUCUUCCUGCCUGAGUCGCCUCGCUGGCUCCUCCUGCACGGCAAAAACGACGAGGCACUUAAGUCUCUGACCUGGAUCCGUGCGAGCUCCUGUGAUCGGUUUGAGCUCCUGCGAGAAUUUGAGGAAAUGAAGCUCAAUGUGGAGAGAGAACUCAGCAGUGAUAAGAACAAACUUUUCUUGGAGCAGUUCAGCAAGCGACACAUCCGUCGGACGCUCAUCAGCAUUGGUAUUGGCCUCGUUAACCCUGGACUCGGUGGAAUGUUCAUCAUGGGCUUCAUGACGUAUUUCCUGAAGAUGGUUGGUGUUGAUGAUCCUUUCAAAUGGGUGAUCGUCGGCCAAUUCGCUGGAUAUUUCGGCCAACUUCUCUCAUACCCUUUCAUUGCUAUGCUCGGGAGAAGAACGAUGCUCCUACUUGGAUCGUUCAGCUGUGCCGUGUCCAUGUUAAUCCUUGCUGUGAUUUUCCAAACAACGACUGUCGCAGACAAAUCCAUUCGUGGAAAAUGCGUGAUUUUCGCGAACACAUUCUACCAUUUUGGUUUCAACUUCGGCGUCGUUGGUCUUGUUUACAUGGUAUCAGGCGAGAUCCCUGCUCAAAACCUUCGAGCCGCCACCGCGGGCCUGUCUAUUGGAAUUGGCUUCAUCUUCGCGUGGCUGACCUCCUUUACGGCUCCUUACUUCAUCAAUCCCGAUGAAAUGAACUGGGGUGGUAAAUACGGUUGGAUCUGGCUUGGAUCGAGUGUGAUCACUAUCCUUUUCAUCUAUUUCUUGGUCCCUGAGGUCAAGGGUCGCUCACUGGAAGAGAUCGAGGAGAUGUUUGACCAGAAGGUUCCCGCGUGGAAGUUCAAGAGCUAUGUUUGCCAGGGUGUGGCUCAGGCGAACGAGCAGGCGCUGAAGGAUUUGGAUCAUGAGGAAGCGAAGGAAGCUCGGGUCGAGCACAUUGAGGCUUCCUCGCGUUGA